AUGCCGCCAGAUACAGGCCAAACACUGCCACCAAGGCUGGCCAGGAGGAGGCCUGGCUUUGGCCUCCUGUGGUUCCCAGGGCCUCGCCUCUCCUCGUCUGCCAUCUCCUCUGGCCCGGGUCCGGCGGACGAGGCGGGCAGCGAGGAGGCGGGCCCGGCGGGGGAGCCGCGCGGCAGCCAGGCCAGCUUCAUGCAGCGGCAGUUCGGCGCGCUCCUGCAGCCCGGCGUCAACAAGUUCUCGCUGCGGAUGUUCGGCAGCCAGAAGGCCGUGGAGCGCGAGCAGGAGCGCGUCAAGUCGGCGGGGGCCUGGAUCAUCCACCCCUACAGUGACUUCAGGUUCUACUGGGACUUCACAAUGCUGCUGUUCAUGGUGGGGAACUUGAUCAUCAUCCCCGUGGGCAUCACCUUCUUCAAGGACGAGACCACCGCCCCGUGGAUCGUGUUCAACGUGGUCUCGGACACCUUCUUCCUCAUGGACCUGGUGCUGAAUUUUCGCACGGGCAUCGUCAUUGAGGACAACACGGAGAUCAUCCUGGAUCCCGAGAAGAUCAAGAAGAAAUACCUGCGCACGUGGUUCGUGGUGGACUUCGUGUCCUCCAUCCCGGUGGACUACAUCUUCCUCAUCGUGGAGAAGGGCAUCGACUCCGAGGUCUACAAGACGGCGCGCGCGCUGCGCAUCGUGCGCUUCACCAAGAUCCUCAGCCUCCUGCGGCUGCUGCGCCUGUCGCGCCUCAUCCGCUACAUCCACCAGUGGGAGGAGAUCUUCCACAUGACCUACGACCUGGCCAGCGCCGUCAUGCGCAUCUGCAACCUCAUCAGCAUGAUGCUGCUGCUGUGCCACUGGGACGGCUGCCUGCAGUUCCUGGUCCCCAUGCUGCAGGACUUCCCGCACAACUGCUGGGUCUCCAUCAACAACAUGGUGAACCACUCCUGGAGCGAGCUCUACUCCUUCGCACUCUUCAAGGCCAUGAGCCACAUGCUGUGUAUCGGCUACGGCCGGCAGGCGCCCGAGAGCAUGACUGACAUCUGGCUGACCAUGCUGAGCAUGAUCGUGGGCGCCACCUGCUACGCCAUGUUCAUCGGCCAUGCCACCGCCCUCAUCCAGUCGCUGGACUCCUCUCGGCGCCAGUACCAGGAGAAGUACAAGCAGGUGGAACAGUACAUGUCCUUCCACAAGCUGCCUGCCGACUUCCGUCAGAAGAUCCACGACUACUAUGAGCACCGCUACCAGGGCAAGAUGUUCGACGAGGACAGCAUCUUGGGCGAGCUCAACGGGCCGCUGCGGGAGGAGAUUGUCAACUUCAACUGCCGGAAGCUGGUAGCCUCAAUGCCACUGUUCGCCAACGCCGACCCCAACUUUGUGACGGCCAUGCUGACCAAGCUCAAGUUUGAGGUCUUCCAGCCGGGUGACUAUAUCAUCCGGGAGGGCACUGUCGGCAAGAAGAUGUAUUUCAUCCAGCACGGUGUGGUCAGCGUGCUCACCAAGGGGAACAAGGAGAUGAAAUUGUCCGAUGGCUCCUACUUUGGGGAGAUCUGCCUGCUGACACGAGGCCGGCGCACAGCCAGUGUGCGGGCGGACACCUACUGCCGCCUCUACUCGCUGAGCGUGGACAACUUCAACGAAGUGCUGGAGGAGUACCCCAUGAUGCGGCGCGCCUUCGAGACCGUGGCCAUCGACCGCCUGGACCGCAUCGGCAAGAAGAACUCGAUCCUGCUGCACAAAGUGCAGCACGACCUCAACUCGGGAGUGUUCAACAACCAGGAGAACGCCAUCAUCCAGGAGAUCGUCAAGUACGACCGAGAGAUGGUGCAGCAGGCCGAGCGCGGCCGCGCGCUCUUCCCCCCGCCCCCGCCGCCGCAGGUCACCUCGGCCAUAGCCACGCUGCACCCGGACCGCAGGGACUCGACCUCGCCUGGCGCCACUGCUGGCACCCUUGACCCGCUGGACUCCGCGCGCUCGCGCCUUUCGUCCAACUUGUGA